UGAAUCUCGCAUAUUUUUUGAACAAAGUGAGACAAGAAUUGGUGGCUCUUAUAAAAAAGCUAUUUACAAAGAAUACACAGAUGGUUCUUUCACUGAACAUAAAAAAAGGCUUGCAGAGGAAGCACAUCUUGGACUCUUAGGACCAGUUAUCAAGGCUGAAGUGGGUGAGAGCAUCAGGGUGACCUUCCGAAACAAUGCCAGCCGCCCCUUUAGCAUUCAGCCCCAUGGUGUGAGUUACCGCAAGAGCAACGAGGGGGCCUUGUAUGGUGCUGCCUCCAGAGGCACUGAAUCUCCAGCCUCUCAUGUGAGUCCUGGUGCUACAUUUACAUACGAGUGGGAUGUGCCAGAAGAUGUGGGCCCCACAGACCAGGAUCCUGACUGUUUAACCUGGCUUUACUACUCGGCUGUGGAUGCAGUCAGAGACACCAGUUCUGGCCUUGUGGGUCCUCUCUUGGUGUGCAGGAAAGGAGCUCUGCUCCCUUCUGGGAAACAGAAAAAUGUGAACGUGGAGUUUUUUCUACUUGCCACAAUAUUUGAUGAGAAUCUGAGCUGGUACUUGGAUGACAAUAUUUUGAUGUUUACACUAAACCCUAAUAAAAUUGACAAAGAUGAUGCAGACUUUCAAGAGUCUAACAAAAUGCACUCCAUUAAUGGUUACAUGUAUGGAAAUCAACCUGGUCUUGAGAUGUGCAAAGGAAGUGUGGUUUCCUGGCAUUUGAUGGGCUUGGGGACAGAAGUUGAUAUCCAUGGGAUAUAUUUUUCAGAAAACACAUUUGUAACUAAAGGAACAAGAAGGGAUACAGCAAAUCUUUUUCCACAUACAUUCCUUACAGCUAUUAUGAAGCCUGAUUCUGAAGGAGUUUUUGAAGUGUCAUGCCUGACAACAGAUCACUACACAGCGGGCAUGAAACAGCAUUACCAAGUGAAGCAAUGCCACUGGUGGAAUGUGGAUCUCUCGAUGUAUUUGCAUGUAAAGACUUACUACAUUGCUGCAGUGGAAGUUGAAUGGGACUAUUCUCCUAACAGGACAUGGGAAUUUGAGCGGCAUCAAUUCCAUGAGGAAAGUCCUGGCAAUCCAUUUUUAAAUAAAGAAGACAAAUUCAUUGGCUCAAAAUACAGAAAGGUAGUGUACCGCGAGUACACUGAUCAGACGUUCACUACUCCCAAAACCAGGACAGAGGAGCAGCAGCACCUGGAAAUUCAAGGGCCACUGCUUAUGUCAAAUAUUGGAGAUAAAAUUAGAAUAUUUUUUAAGAACUUGGCAUCAAGACCUUACUCUAUACAUGCCCAUGGAGUGAAAACAGACAGUUCUGUUGUUGCUGUAACUAACCCAGGUGAAACGAGAACGUACGUCUGGAAAAUCCCAGAGAGAUCUAGUUCUGAGAGGGGAGAUCCACACUGUAUUGCGUGGGCGUACCAUUCCACGGUGGACAUCGUUAAGGACACUUACAGUGGAUUAAUAGGCACACUUGUUGUGUGUCAUAGACAUUAUUUGCCAUCAUUUCAUGCUAAAAAGAACAUUCAAUUUGCUCUUCUUUUUAUGGUUUUUGAUGAAAAUGAGUCAUGGUACUUGGAUGAAAACAUUAAAACCUAUUCUACCAACCCACACCUUGUUGACAAAGAGGAUGAGGAAUUCCUUGAAAGUAAUAAAAUGCAUGCCAUUAAUGGAAAGGUGUUUGGAAAUUUACGUGGCCUGACCAUGCACGUAGGGGAUAAGGUCAGCUGGUAUUUGAUGGCAAUGGGCAAUGAAGUAGACCUUCACACAGCACACUUCCACGGCCACAGCUUCGAGUACAAGGUACCAGCUCCCGCAUUUCUUGCUGCGUUAAGAACGAGACCAAUACCAAGAACUGUGAUGUCUGGUGACAACUCAGAUGUUACA